CAGUGUCGUGUUCUCUACGUAAUUUCAAUGGCGCCUGCUGGUUCAUGUUAUUUUUCUCUGACUCUGUGUCUUGUCCUUGUGUGUUUUCAAGGAAGCACAGAUGCUCAACUUUCGACCAAUUUUUACGCAAAAACAUGUCCCGAGUUGUUUUCAACUGUGAAAUCAACCGUUCACUCGGCUAUCAUGAAAGAGGCCCGAAUGGGUGCUUCUCUGCUUCGCUUGUUCUUCCAUGACUGCUUUGUCAAUGGAUGUGAUGGAUCGGUGCUACUGGAUGACACAUCUUCCUUCACGGGAGAGAAAAAUGCCGUCCCGAAUCGGAACUCGGCCCGAGGAUUCGAUGUGGUAGACGACAUCAAGUCGGCGGUUGAGAAAGUUUGCCCCGGUGUAGUUUCAUGUGCUGAUAUCUUGGCUAUUACUGCCAGAGACUCUGUUAAAAUCCUCGGAGGCCCCAACUGGGACCUGAAACUCGGAAGGAGAGAUGCAAAGACUACAAGCCGGGCUGCUGCUAAUAACGGCAUUCCUCCUCCGACUUCGAACUUGAAUCGACUCAUCUCUCGGUUCAAUGCUCUCGGACUUUCCACCAGGGACUUAGUCGCUUUAUCCGGGGGCCACACAAUUGGACAAGCAAGGUGCACAUCAUUCAGGGCACGCAUAUACAACGAGAGUAACAUUGACCGCUCCUUCGCUCAAACAAGGCAGAGAACCUGUCCGAGAGCAACAGGCUCAGGCGACAACAACUUGGCACCGCUCGAUAUCCAGACUCCCACAUAUUUCGACAACAACUACUUCAAGAACCUGGUCAACCAGAGAGGUCUACUACACUCCGAUCAACAGUUGUUCAACGGCCGUGGCUCCACCGAUUCAAUCGUCCGGGGUUACAGCAAAAACCCGGGAUCAUUCAGCUCUGAUUUUGUUGCUGCCAUGAUCAGGAUGGGAGACAUUAGUCCCCUCACUGGAUCAAGGGGAGAAAUCAGGAAGAACUGCAGAAGGGUUAAUUAAUUGAUGCACUGCUGCUUAAUUUGGUUCUUAAUAACAAAGAUACAAAUAGUGUGGUAUCAGUUAAGAUUAUGCAUUUGAGAUUGUGUUUUAAAUGUUUUCCAAAUUGUUGAAUGUCUUGGGCCCUGUUGCUGAGACUUUUACAAUAAUAAAAUAAGAGACUAAGAAUUGAAUUA